AUGCUCCCAGUCCCCGAUGCUCUUCGAUUCACUUUCCCACCUCUGAAUAAUAAUUCGCCCGAGCAAAUCGCCUCUUCUACGACUCGUUUCCACGAUCAUUUGCCCACAGCAAUUGGUGCGGAUCUCAUUGGUCAUUCGAUUCCCGAUCCUACACUCUUCCUAUCUCUGCGGAAAGAGUGGCAGAAUUGCUAUCAGGCAGACAGAAACAGGACCAAUGGCGUAGCGCGUGUGACUGGCUAUCCCAAGCUAAAUCGACUUCAAACCACCCGGCUGCUUUACAAGUUUUCACUCAAGCAUGGGAUUAUAUCGCAUAUAGGGGACACUGCAAUUCCGUUCGAAACCAGAUGCUCUGCCGCUGAUCUAUCGUUCUUUCUCUCAAACAAUUGGUUGGCCACUCGACAUAUUGAUUGGAUGCUCGAAUCGGCGCAGCUCCGCUUUGAAUCACGCGAACCAGGCGAGGCUCAAUUGCGACCUCCCCAUAAUUCAGUUAUUUUCUACUCACCCGAAGUCCUCCGGGGCAUUAUUCGACGAUUCGAAACCAUUCCACCCAGUAUUCCUCCCGAAGCGAUCUCUCGGUUUCUUUCGCCACUUCAAAAUCGGAUUCGAAAUGGGAGCGCCCACUGCUCUAUACCGUCAUCCGUUAUGGCGACUCGAUGGGUGGCCAGAGAAGUUCGGCUCGCAUUCGGAAUAAUCAACGCCUGGCUGAAAGCGACUUGGGGUUACGACAAAUUUGUGUCUGAACAGAGCCAUGCGGUACUCAAGCAGGUCUUUGAAGACCCAUUAUGGGACGAAGGUCUUGCCUCGGCAUAUCGGGCAUCAAAAUUUGUGGAAAUAGCGUACCGAAUAUUAGUGCCGAAUGGAUCUGAUUCCAUUAUCAACCCCCAUUGCCGAUAUCGCGCAUAUUGGCCAAUUCCCUCCGGUUAUCUCUCCUCCGAUGACAAUUUCUUCGAUGGAUUUUCUUCAGAUACCGAUGGGGAUGCAACGGAUGAUCCAGAGCUCGUGCAUCGAAACCAGGUUUUGAUACGCUCGGGAUUGGACUCAGACUCGAGUUCAGACUCCAACUCCAGCUCAGAGAGUUUGAAACGCCCGAGAAAACGACAAAAGCCUGGGAAGUCGGCAGCACAUACCCGGACUGUCUUAGGAGCCGUUCGCGAAGGAAACUUUCAAAUCGACAACCUCGAUGGGCUCGUUUUGAAGCAACGAUCAAAGAUCUCGAUAAUUAUGCUGUGCUCGAUCGCGAAAACCCACUAUAUGUACGACACUCGACAUGCGGGAAUAAGUUCAAGAUGCGCCAGCCAUACGAUACCAAAAAUUUCAAAACACACGUCCAAGCAAAACUUGUGGGCCACAGGCGACAGGAGCAUCCUCAGGAAGAAAGUCAAAAAGCUUGAAGAAGUCCGAUGCACUAGUGCAAAUCUUACUGGCCCAGAGCCACAGCUUUCUACUCCUGGCUUGCCUGCUAUGGUCGCAUCUUCGUCAUCUACUUCAACACCAUCUUCUCAGCAGGAGAUCGAGCGCAUGUGCCCAGGCCUCUCGGAAGAAGAUAUUCGCGCAUAUAAGCACUUUGCGUUUGCUCUUUAUUCAAUACCAUAUGCCGAACUCGGAGCAGAAGAGCAACAGAAUGUUCGGAACGAAGCUCAUGGAAAUGUCGCCUGGCGUGUAGAUGAGUCCCGUAAUGUUGUUAUUGCCUCGGCCUGUACUCGCAUUGCUCGAAGAGGGCGCACUUCAGACGGCAGAUUGCGUUCAUGCAAAAAUUGUGCGGCUCUGUUGAAGCUCCGACGUUUCAGAGCCGCUGUCCGAUAUGAAGCAAAGCCGAAUCAAAAAUUUACCAAUAGGCGAUGGGUUCGGGCAUCCUCGUGCAUGCAGUUUGCGAAGGUACACGGUGUGUAUGAACUCAUUGUCAACAAGGACUCCAGCGCAACGAUUCUUUUACAGGUACUUAAAGGCGAAAUGAAAGAUCGAAAGAUUUUCUGUGGGAUGGUUGAAGUGAUGGCAAUGAUGGACGACAAGGCGCUUCGUGGAGUUGGCCUUCAGAAUGCCAAAUAUCCCCCCGAAUUCGACCAAUUUUGCCACGAAAUCGUCAAUAUAUCCCCACUUGCAUAUCAAACAUUUCGUAACAUCUUUGGGGGUCGAACUGCAUCGAAUUUUCGAGUAAUCCGAGGCCGAGAGCGUCGUUUCCCUCUAGCAAUCGACGAUGGUGUUUUCGAAAUUGCACAGAUUUAUUUUUCUUCGAUUAAUUACACAGGCCCGGUGUGCUUGUCAUGCGAUGACACCAAGCUCCUGCCCGCUCUCAAAACCUACUACGAUACAAGUACAAAACUGUGGUAUUUGCUUGGCGGAACUACGGGCGCCAUCGCUGUUGCAAGCACAGAAGAACUUACGUCAAUUCUGAAGGAUGGGAAACUUUCCAAGGCUUCGAAGCUUCGGCUCUGGGUUUUACAGGUCCCAUUGCCGCAUAUACCCCCUCUUGCCAUUGCUGCACUACCAAUUGCCUCAAAUGCUACGACCCAGUCACUUAUUGGCUACUUGAAACUUGUCAUUCAAGGCCUACUUGCCCGAGGAAUACAUGAGUCACUCUUUAUGUCCAUGGAUAAAUACCGACACUAUACUGUCCCGCAUCCUUCACGGCGCCUUCCCAACAGCCUAUCUACUCCAGACCCCUUGGACUUCAAACUAGGUCUCUUAGACGGCAAGACCAAGGAUAAUCCAUGUGUAAUCAUCCAGGAUAGUAAACACGCACUCAAAACAUUGCGUAAUACCCUAUACUCAGGUGCUCGGCUUUUAGUAAUGGGUUCCAGGACACCAAUGUAUUCUCAAGUUCGCGACAUUGCUGAAGAUCCCGAUUCAACCCUCCAUCGUCGCGAUGUCGAAAAUAACGAUCGGCAGGACGAUGUUUCCACGGAAUGUGUAUUCAACCAGUUCACACUUUCAUUCGUAGUCAAAAAACGACCCCAGUACCUUGGCUUAGCAGUCUAUCUAUACAUAGCAGGUGAACUCGGUGAUGCAUACCAGAGCCGACACAUUUUGCACGCAGAUCGGCUGUGGAUGGUACUUCGAGCAAAAUUCUUCUUCGAUUUCUGGCGACAAUUUCUCCUGGACUCUGGCUACUUAUUAUCUCGAUAUUUCAUCUCGCAACAGGCUUUCAACAUCUUAACAACAAUAAUUGAGGGCUUAAUCUUGCUCAUCUAUGCUUAUCGUGACUAUAUGCCCGAGGGGACUCCCCUUUUACCCUGGCUGCACUCGAGUGAAGCCUGCGAACACUUUUUUGCCGAAAUGCGAAAGCUUGUUCCAGACUUUACAUACCUUGACUUUAUUUUCUCUGUGCCUAAACUUCGUGUUCUGCUCCGCGCAUCCUAUCGAAACAGUCCCGAGUUUUCCGCAGCAUCGACAGAGCGUCAGAGGAAAGCAACUGGCUACCAGCAUACAUACAUGGAUUCAACAAAUGUUGACUUGUCACUUCUAGCUUGCUUCCCAACAGACGGCGAGAUUGCAGAAAUUGCAUAUAUUGCAUACCGCGAGGCGAUUCUACUUGCUCAGGCAGUGAAUAUACUUCCCGAUGACCUGGUCCCUGCAACAGCGCUGGACCAUACAAGUACAUUUGAUCAAUCUGAAGAAGAUACAAGCCCCGAGUCCAACACAGGUGUGGCAGAAGACUUAUCAUCAAGUGAAGCGUUUCAAGAGCUAGUUGAGCUUGCAGAUGCCCACGACCUUCCGCUUGAAUCAAUUUCUAUUCAACGCGAUAACUUAGUGUAUGCUAAUGCGGCUCUUCAAACCGAGGCCACGGCUCUCAUUGACAACCUUCCCCCCGAAAACGAUGCCGAUGUACUGCUUGACCGCACAGCCGUUGAGGAACAUACAAAAUCGACCACAGAAAUGUCUGACCCCAACUUUCUUGAGUCACAAAUUCAAGAUAUGAAUAGCGAAACCUUUCCCCAACAACGCUCUUUGAUCCGACAGCGCCAUCAAAAUCCACGCGCACUCAAGAGUAGCAAAAAUUAUGCAAAAUUUAAGGCAGGCCUACUAGGUAAAACUGCCUCCCAACAAGGGGAGGUCCUUCCAGGCUCAUUGGCUACCCCGCACGCAUCGGAAGGACUAUCAACAGAGACAAGUCACGCAGCGCUAGCUCGCUCGUUCUUGCAGACAUUGCGCGAUCAUGAGCUUAGUAGUCAUAAGAUCCCCCGCCUACAACGCUGGAUUACCCGUGCAGACUCCUAUGUCAAACUUCGACGCGAUUGCUUGCGGAAACGCGGCAUUCCCAGGCUACUCGAAGAUAUUGCCACGGCACGAAUUACUAUCAUUGACCCAAUCAAACCCGGGACUUUUGUCUGGAUUAUGUUGGAAAAGCAAAUUAUGCUUGGACGAGAAAAACUCAAACUGGAUAUUACAGUUAUGGCUAUAUACAUCAAGGAGGGCGGAUACAAUGGGAUGAACCUAUGGGUCCCCCAGACCACUCAUCUCGGGCACAUCUCAUAUGUCGCAGUCCAAACCUAUCAGAAGGUUGCAUCGCGGGCCAAGUAUCGUGCUAUACAUCUUGGUCGGCCAAUGGAGAUCCCGUACUACCAACUUGUACCGACAAACGAGCUCUUGAUGCGCGUCGGCUUCGUAAACACGCCAGGCUCGGAAACUGAGGACAUCGAAUUGAAGGAUCGCCACAUUCUCGACGAGAGAGAUGAAUUGGCGCGUCUUUUACCCGAACUAGAGAAGGCCGGUAUACCACGAGUGGGUUCAAAAGCCAGAACGGGAUCGUAA